AUGGCUGCAUAUUCACAGGAUACUGUGACAUCUGUAUGCACUCAGGACAGUGCCCUUAGCACACUGCAGGCUGCCGACAGUGUACUGACACUUGUAAACAGCUUGUUGCAUGGAGGAGAAAAGUCAUCUCCAUCUCAUGCUGAGCCAUCCAGUGAGGAUGAGAGGACAAGUCUGCUGGCACCAGGGGAUGCUUGUCCAGGUAGCAGGGGCAGGAUGGCAACACCAGCAGAAACCUUAUUAGUUAUCAACCAGGACCAGUCUGAGGCUUCAUUGACACUUGCAGAAACAUCAGGCAGUCUUCGGGGCAGGUCUGCACAACAGGCAAAGAAUAUGCUGACUGACCCAAGUAUUGUGAGAAAUGUUGACGUCAGUGUGGAGCACAGUGACAGUUGCAAAACUGUGACACAUGUUGGUGUCAGUGUGGAGCAGAGUGACAAGUUCAGUGCUGUAAAAACUCACUGUUACCCUGUGUCUGUCAACAGCCUCAGUGAAAGUUCAGCCAUUUAUGACACUGACAGCACACACACACACAAGAAUGUAAGCAACAGUUCUCUGUCAGAGUGUGACCAGUACCUGGACCAUAGACUGACCCCACAGACAUCUAACCCCAGCAAGAAACAGCAGUUAGCACAACAAGCUUCAUCCAUUGUAGAAAAUGCUAUAGCCAGUUUGAGCAAAUCCACGUCAGCCAUUGUAGAGACUGAGCAGCAAAAAGUGAGAAACUUACAGCCCCAACCAGGUGACUCUAAGCCUACACUGUCCAGUGAAACCUCAGUCCAAAAUGUCUACUCAGAGAUUGAAGUCAUCGAAUCCACAGAUCCAUUCCACAAGGGCUACAAGAGACAGACCUCUGCUGAUGACUUCUACUCCUUGUUCCAAGACACAUCCCCAGAAUCACCCAUGUCUCCCAUAGACAAGCCCAUUUACUCCUCCGCUCAGCAGUCCAUCCCGCCCGAACCGGAGAUGGAGCGCGGCACGGAGAUGCAGGAUGUAACUGAGCGGAGACUGGCCAACAGUUGGUCUGAGCUGACAACCUCAGCCAACAUCUGCAGCCUGGCUUUGUCUAACAGCCACAUCUGGUACACGGACAAGAGCGACAGCAUCUACUACUCAUCUUUCAACAACCCAAAGGGCAUUCAGUGGCGCAAGAUCACUGACCACGGCAGCCAGAUUUCUGUGUCACCAUCGGGGAAUAUUGUUUGGCGUCUGCAUCGAGGCGUGGUUUAUGCUGGCACCAAAAUCUGCACUCGUCGCCCAGAAGGGCUCAAGUGGGUUGAGGCGGUGCGGGACGUGAAAACCAUAUGUGUAGACAAUGAUUGUGCCUGGUUUGUCAUGAACAAUGGUGAUGUGAUGAUGCAACGAAGACUGUCGCUGGAGAGGCCUUGCUAUAAGUCUCAGAAAGUAGAAUGUUCUCACAAACUCAAGUACAUCCUAGUUCGCUUCGGCAUUGUGUGGGCCAUCACAGAGGAGCUGCACUUGUUGGUGCGCACAGGUGUGUCUGAUGGUAUGCCAGAGGGGAUUGCCUGGGAGAUGGAUAACAGGGAUGGGCCUCCAUACCUGUUUUCCCAUGUUGCUGUGGACCAUGACAGCAUUGGCUGGGCCAUUGAUGUGCUGGGUCACCUCUGGUUCUGUGACGGGGUGACCAGAGAACAACCACUGGGGAGACGACGCUGGUGGCAGGUGCCCCAGCGAGGCGAGUACAUCCUUCAGGAUAAGACAAGUCUGGACAUGAUCCGGGAACUGGCUCUCAAGUUUGACCCCAUCAAGCUGUCCCACAUCUCCAGGACCAGACGGAGCGGCCUUAUCACGGCCGGCUCCCAGGGAGUUUGGCUGGCCAUGGAUUUCAAGAAUGUCCUGCAAGUGUGUCGAGGAAAUAUACAAGGCUACCACUGGUUUGAAGCACAACCAGCCCAGAUGUCCCCCAAGUCAACCUGGAGGCAAGUCUGUGCCGAGGUGUCACAUCUUGACUGGGGAACUGUGUGGGCUCAGCACACAAACGGAGAUGUGUUCACAUUUAAACGGGCUGGUUCGGCGGCUACCAUGAUUGCCGACUGUACCGACAUCUGCUGCCUGGCCGUUGGUCCCACAGCCACCUGGGCACUUACCACUGAAGGGGUCAUCCUAGUACGGGCUGGCACGGGGCCUCACUGUCCACAGGGGACAGCAUGGGUAGAACUGGAUAUAUCACAGCUAGGUCAGGCGCACAUUGUCCACAUCACUUGUAACUCCCUGUAUGUGUGGGCUGUGGAGGCGGACGGCACAGUCUACCAGAGGAUUGGAGCCAAGGCCCCCUCACACAAUAACCUCAGCCCUGCCUGGCUGGCCAUAGAUUCCUUCGAUGCUAUUCUUUUCACACGCAUUUAUGUGGGCCAGCUGGACUGGAUGGUCUGGGCUCUCGACAACAGGAGACUCAUCUACAUUAGGGCAGGGAUCACCGAUUUGAUGCCCAUCGGACAGGAGUGGGUUCAUGUACCAGGUAUUCAAGCCAUGGACCUAGCACUGACAAAAACAGGAGUCUGGGCCCUGACUCCCAAUGGGCAGGUCUUCUUCCGUUAUGGCAUCGCCAAGGACAGGCCCUGUGGGGACUACUGGAAGCAGAUACCUGGCACCUUCAUCAGGAUCUCUGCUUCAGCCAAUGAUGAACUGUGGGGCAUCAACACAGAGGGACAGCUCAUGCAGUGUAGCGUCAAGUACCUGACUCGAUCCCAGGACUCAUCCGAUCCCCUGCUGCCGAGGAGUGUCAGCAUCAGCUCAUCCGUAUCUGAGGAUGUUGACUGGGAGAUUGUUUGA